AAGACUAUUCCCCAUGGGAGACCGAGAAAAUAAAUGUCAAAUUUCACAGGAAUUGUGAAAACACAGGUAAAAUUCUGAAAAUUUCAUGUGUUGAGAUGUCAUUUUAUAAAAUUUGACAUUUAUGUUCUUGGGCUCCCAUAAGAAACUGUCUUUGGUGUUAUUACAGAUAACUAACUAAUUACAUCUACAGCCCUUGAAAAGUGUUAAAAAAGAAUGUGAUAUGGCUUAAAAUAAUUUUAUUCUAGUACAAGGUUUUUCUCAACUUAAAAUGAAAAAUACUCAUUCCGUCGUAAUGUGUAAUUAUCCCGUUUUUUUGUGUGCAGUGGAGAUCGUUCAGCCCUGUUACCAAGUUACACUGUCAACCUAAAGGAUAUACAUGAUAAACUGUGUAAUAUUGUAGACAUUCAGUUUCUGCAUGGCUAUUAUGAACCAACUCUACUGUUGCUCUACGAACCAUUACAAACCUGGCCAGGGUGAGUUAACCGUGACUGUUUAUUUAGUUUAGGCUAUAAAUAUAAUUAUAGUGGGCUGAAUUUGGUUCAUGGGCAAGCGAUUGCUAGUUUGUGUACCCAGAGAGGGCAGGCUCCCAUGUGAAAAUGAUGGAGAUGCUCGCUGUUGUGCUUAGAGGUGGAAAUUGCAGAUUUUAGUCUCACCUAGUGUGGUCAGAACAGAAAGUCAACAUUGUAUGUUAGGAGAAUGCAACACAUAAUCUUGGAAUUCCAUUGGUACUUGGGUAUCCUGUGGUACUAAAGGGUGACUUUUACAGCAAGCAUCAUACAUCUGCAUUUUCUGCACCAUUUUGAAUAGUUUAGCACUCAUUAUUUACAUCAUAUGAAACUUCUGAAACUUUGUAGAAUCUUGUAGUUUUACUUCUGACAUGCACAAAAAAUAUUCUGGGAUAAAGUAUCUUUGAAGAAUUUUACCCGCAUAUCAGUGAUUAUGUUUAUCAUACAUGUAAUCCUUUAUCCAUGUCUGAUGUAUCUAUGUGGGAUUUUGUUGAGAAGACCAUCUCACCUACCAUUUUUCUUUAAUUACAGUUCAACCCCAUUUUAAAGAAAAACUAUUAUCAUUUAACUAACAUCAUUAUAACAGAUGAAAUUCUUAGUCUCGGUUACAAAAAUAAUAUUGUAAAUUGUAUGGAAUAAGACCUGUUCUAAAUGAUAUGUCUAUUUAUUAAUUGUUAAAAUCUUGCAAGAGUUUUGUAGUGUUUCUUUUGACAUAAAAUCCAUCAUCAUUUUGUCUAGCCGUUUAGCCAUGCGUCAUGACACCUGUGCUUUGAUAGCUGUUUCUUUGAACUUGUCUCAACGAAAUCACCCAGUUGUGUGGUCCUUGAAUAAUUUGCCCUUUGACUGCAGUCAAGUGCUAGCUGUUCCCAAACCAAUUGGUAAGUCUGAUUUAAACUGUUGAUGUAAUCUAUCAUGUGCCGUCUUUUCUUGAUUGAACACUAGGCCCCAACGGAAUAAACACCAGGUCAUGAAGGGGAAGUUUAAAAGACAAAAAGACAGAUGUUUUAUGUGGUUUGCUUAAUUAAUAGUAUAAAGGAAAGAUAGUUAUGGCUGUAAAGAAAAGGGCCAAAAAGAACAUUUCUUUAGAAACAGCAGGCCUGAACACACCACAAAUUCAAACCAACACCGCAGCCACAAGAUUUAUUUUCCCAUUUAAAUAUACUGGGGGCAUUUUAAUUGCCCUUACCACACAUGUGAAAAAAAUGUUUUAUGUUUACUGAAAUAAUUCUUAACUACAAGAACUUCUUUGAAAAAAUUUUGGGUUUUGAACAAAAUGAUACUUUUUUAGAAACAUUUCCCUCACAAAAUUAGCAAUCUACAUUAUACCUUCUCUAAGCACCGUACAUCUCCUUUUUCAUUUAACUUUCAUUUAGUUUCGUUGGAUGAUGGCAUCCAGCCCAGUCAAAAUGUGCUGGCAGCCCCCGAUUUUGCUGCCUGCAAUGAAAAAUCUGCCGUCUACUCUACACUCGAGUUCAUUGAUAACAAACAUCAGGCCUCUACUGGUUCUAAUUGUAAUAAUAAAAAAAGUUGAUACCAACAUUGCUUCUGAUAUUUUAAACAGUAUUAAAAUUUGAGUAAAUUUUGUACGUGAACUGACCUGCUGUCCUUGGUGCAAAGGCCCUCCUCCCUUGCUGCCUACUACUGUCUGAGCUGGGCAUCAAUAAUUGGCAAGUGUUGAUCAGGAAUACUUCAUGUAAUGCUGUAUUUUUGCAAACUAUACAAUAUUUAGAUCUAUUCAAAACUGGAACUGUUUGUUUUGUUAAACAGGUGGGGUGUUAGUUUGUGCUACAAACUCUUUAUUGUACCUGAAUCAGAGUGUUCCUCCUUAUGGUGUGUCAUUAAACAGCAUAGCUGAUCACAGCACAGACUUCCCUCUGCGUAAGAAAAGAUUUAUCAAUUUGCACAUAACUUAAGUAACACAUUAGAAAGGUUUUUAAGCAAGCAACGCUUUUUGAAUAUCUUAUAUAGACAGUGAACAAUAGGGGUGUAGGUAGUGUGCAAGCCACUGAGUCAGGCAAGGCCCAGUACAAGCCAUACAAACUAAGCAAGUCAUAAGAUGUGUCAUGAAGGUAUGACUGAUUAACCUGACUUCUUUUUAUUGUAAUUAAUUUGUACAGUAUCUCUCAGUCGAAACUAUAUACUGUGUUCUUCCUUGGCAUAUGACAUUCAUUUUGUAAAUAUCUAGUACAAUGUGAGCUACAUUAGCAACUCGUUUGACUCAGUGCCUGAUUCUAAAAUAUGUGUUAUAUAAAAAUAUGUUUUUAUUGCAUGUUCUUUUUUUGUGGCAAUGCAUAUCUCUCACUUUAACCUGUAAAAUUGGGCAAAGAAGUGUGUCAAUAAUUGUAAAGCAAUUUAUUCCAUCAUUACAAAUCAAGGUUCAAAUAACAUCAAUACAUCAAGGUGAAAAAUAGUCACGUAUCUUCAUGGCUGGCAUGACUGGCAUCCUGGCUUGCUUGUCUUCCUAAGUGACUUGCUUUACUUGUUAGACUCGCACUGUAACUUGGAUGGUUUGUUGGCUCACAUACUGCUAUAAUUCAAACAACAGGAACACCAGAAGGAGGCCAAUCACUGACUUACAGCAACUCAGAUAUUGUUCUUUUAUGCAUUCAUCUUUGUACGUAAAAAAAUUAUAAAGAGAAUUCAAAGUGGCAAUGUUUGCUUUCAAGAUUUGUGACAGUUGCGAUGACAAUAUUUCUCCAGAUGUCCUUAAAUUGUUUUGUCUACUAGUAGUACUCAGAAGUACAUGUACCUGAGUCAUGCAACUUUAUUUUAUUAUAAACACCAUGUUGUGUAUUCUGUAGGAGCCCAGGAGGGUGUGGUCAUAACCCUUGAUGGAGCACAAGCAACUUUUAUUUCACCUGAAAAACUUGUUUUUUCAUUAAAAGGAGGAGAAAUGUAAGUCGUAUGUUUUUGUUUUGUGAAUUAAUGAUUUUUUUGUUUACCAGAAAAUAUGUUUGAGGCAUCAAUAGCUUCAAGAAAAUAAAUGUGCUUUGCCUUCACUACAGCUUUAUUUCUGAUCAGGAAAAACUAUUGAUAAUGAUCAAACUACAUUUAACUUUUUGAAAUAACUCUGCAUCCAAAUAUAUCACAAAGAGAAGCAAGAAACUGUUCUGAGCCAACCUAAACUCUAACCCAUAAAGUAUCCUGCAAUGAAUGAACACCUUACUCAUUGUGAAUUAUUUCAAACUGUUGAUAAAUAUAACAUUGUACUUUACAUAAUAAACUCAUGCAGUGAUUUAUUAUUACAGUAUAUUUUAUCUUUUUUAGUUAUGUUGUAACCCUGGUAGCUGAUGGAGUGAGAAGUGUUCGGAAUUUUAAUUUUGACAAAGCAGCAGCCAGUGUUCUAACAUCAUGCGUAUGUACAUUGUAUUCAAAGCUUAUCAUAAUCAUUUCUUGGAAACACAAAUACGCUGUAAUUCAAAGAUAGAGACUUGUGUUUUUAACUACAGUCGAACCUCUCGGUACGGACACCUCUCUAUUACGGACAGUUUCCAAUGUCCCAACAAUGUCCCGACAACUUUUUUUCUAUAAUAGAGGAUUGUUAGCCUGGUUUUAGCUACUGAACACUUAAAAUUGUAAGUGGAGUCAUAAAAGUGAGGUCAUCAUAUUGACCUCUUUUAUACAAACACCUCUCUAAUACGGACACUUCGCUCUGUCCCUUCGGUGUCCGUGUUAGAAGGGUUCGACUGUAUUGUCAAGUAACACCAGGAAGAUUCACUUUGGACAUAUAUUCCCUAGACAUGUAAAUUGUAAAGUCUUGUAAUGCUGGUGCAGCUUGUAAGUCUGAGGAUGAAAUCCUUUUGUUUGACAAUAAUAGAAGAAUAAAACCUCAUUACAAUGUUAUAAGUCAAACCUUAAAUUAUAAAAGAUGUAUAUCAGUAUUGUGCAUAAUUAAAUUUUCCUUUGUUAAAUAAUACCAUAAUAUUUGGAUUUGGUCACUCUGUUACUGCUGCAGAAUUUCAGACAACACAAGAAUUUAAAACAAAUAAUAUUAAUGAAAUUGAUGUCUAGAAGACUUCUCAUUGAUUGCACUCAUUCAUUCUUAUUUUUAGGGUACUAUGUUUCCACUGACGGCAUAACUCUACCAUCUGAUAUAUAAACAACACAUAGCCCUCAAUCUCUCAGUUUGGUCUGGUGGCAAAUUUAUUUCUCAACUUAUUGUACAAUAAGUACAUUGUGCUGCCACAAACUCUCCUGGGGAACCUAACUUCUUCAAUCCUUUUCACAAUCUGUCAUUUUUUUUAAACAGAUUUGUGAGUGUGGUGAGGGGUAUCUGUUCCUUGGAUCUCGCCUUGGCAACUCAUUACUUGUCAAGUACACUGAAAAAGCUCAGGAUAUAGGUAUGUUUACUGGCAAGGUGCUUUAUUUUCUCCAGUUGGCAUUUGCCCACUACCUGUCAUUUGAUAUGAUUAUCUUCAGUUUAUUUUAUAAACACUGACCCAACGAAGUUUAAGUGGGCACUAUUGGGUAAUGCUUGUUUAAUGGUGAACAAAUAUUCUUAAACUAAAUUCUUUUUUAUUGAAAAAAAAAAGAAAGGCUGUUUGGGAUAGGUUUGUCCAGGAUAUCUUACUAUUUAAUAUUUACAGUAAUUUUCACAUUCUUUUCACUUAAUGUUGUUUAUUGAUAGUCUGUCAAAAAUAUGUUUGUAGUAUAAAUCUGGAUCAUAUCUACAGAAAGUUGAUGUUGCACAUGAUGUAUCACAGUUGUAUUUGAUUGAGAUGAGGCUGACGACAUCUUUCUGAAAGCUAUUUCAGGGCUGUGCUCUAGCAGAGCCCGGUGACCCCUGGCGCCUAACUUUUGCCCUCGGGUGACUAGAAAAUCUCAGAUUUUUCAUACAAUUAAUAUGCUGGGCACCCUAGAUUUUACAGUUUCAGGGCACUGAGCUUCCUUCAAUUUUCCUUAGAGCACAGCCUUGUAUUUCAAUAAUUAUUAGUUUGUCACCAUCAGCUAGAGGUCAUGGUUGUUUGUUAAAUACAGGUGUCAAAUGAUGUAUUUGACAGCUUGAAAACAUUCGUGUUUUGCACAAAGUUUACAAGUAGUUGAAUAGUGAGUGAUUAAGGCCCUCUGUCUGUUAUUCGUUGUGGUAAAAUAAUGUAUUAUUAAAUUUCUAUUAUUAUUAAACUGUGUAAAUUUGAUAGUUGUGCUGUUUUUUGUAGCCCACUCACUCGAUUUUCUUUAGCUUCUAUUUUGUUUUCUUUUGUUUAGGUGUAGAAUCUGAUCUAUUUUCACCAGGUGUAAGUAGAUAAUAAUAAGCUAUGAUAUUUAAGCAAUAGACCACACUUUCUAUGGGUUUACCGGCGUGAUAAGCCACGCGGGAUGUUGGGAGAACACGAGAAAAGCUUGUAAAUCACGAGCCGAAGGCGAGUGAUUUACAAGCUUUUUGAGUGUUCUCCCAACAUCCCAAGUGGGUUAUCACACCGGUAAACCCAUAGAAAGUGUGGUCUAUUGCUUUUAUAAAAUAACCUUUAGUAAAGUGGAGUCUUUUAGGUAAAAAAUAUUGUUUUAGUACCGUGAUCGAUUUAUGUGUUCUCUCUAAAGUCAUCAUAAGCCAAUCAUGACUCACGAUUUAAUAGCGCAGAACUUUCUCAAAACUCAGUUCAGUCAAACAACAAACAGCAGCACUUCAAAACAUGAGUUUUUGCACUCGUUACAUGAUAACUUAUGAAAGCUGUUUUACAGGAAAAGUCAACACAUAUUCAUGCGAACGUACAAUGAAACAAUACGUUCAUGGUUUGUUUACUAAAGAAGUAGAAAAUUGAACAUCAGACUGUACGCAGCUGUAUUUUGUUGAGUUGAUCCGUAAGAAUUUCGUGCUUACAGACGGAACUGGCAGCUAUUGUAAUGGAAGACUUCAUUCACUUUUUUACAAGCCGCAGUGGUUUAAGAUCUGUUUUCUGGGCUUUAUCAUGAUCAAGAAACGCUGCGACGUGGCUGCAUUUGCGAAGUUGUCGCAUGUAACUUUACAUGCACAUACAGUCACCGAUGGAAAUCUGUCAGUGGUGGAGAAAGGUCGGUUUUUUUGCCGUAGCCACAUAUUGGCAUUAAUAUUUGUCGAUUUGUGAAGCCAGGUGGUUUGAGGUAGGUUAUGGCAUCGAUAUCACCGAAUAAUUUGUACAAACGUUGGAGAAAACCAGCCCGAAACUCUGACAUCUUUCAUCAUCGUUGGCAGCUUGUUUACAACCUACAGCGGCCGAUUUUGUACCAUAUCUUGAUCAGAGAUCUCUUUUUGGAACAAUUUCUUUCAUUAAGGAAUUUAAUUUUGACAUAAAAUAAAUCAAGAAUGCUAAAACUAUCCGUUUUGUUGCUGGUUGGCAUAUGGUUAAGUUUUCCUAUAGACUUUCUACACAAGAAAUUCACACUGUUGUUGUCUUUCUCUGCGAUUUGGCAUCGUCGUGAAAUGUAAACUGCUUUCCAGCUUUGUACUUUAUAACUUCUAAAGCUAUGGCAGUAGCGAAUUGUGACGCUCAGUAAUAAAAUGUGGAAACCAACGCUUUGAAUAUUUAGAAGGGCUGGGUAAGUAACUUGUUCUGUUUUUUAGCCUUUCUAAAAUCGUUGUUUGCAGAUCAAUAGCCAGUUUUGUUUAUGGCUCGUGGUCCGGAUGCCUUUUUCUAUGGGUUUACCGGUAUAAUAAACCAUAGGUUUUUGACCAAUCAGAUCACGCGUACUAUCUCAGCUAUUUUAUAAAAUAUAAUAGUAACAUAAUAACAAGCUAUGACUAUUAGGUCAACCUUAGUCUUGUUUGGUGUGUUAUAACAUUUUAGAUUGAAGCUAUGCUUUAGUUUUAACUAGUGUUAUUUUUUUUCGUAACCUCCAACAAUGAAAAUUGACAGCACCAAACUUUAUUCCUUAUUGGGUACUAUGUACAACUCAAACUGAGUUGUAACUCAAAUAUCUGCAAUCUGGCCAUUUUGCACAUUACACUAUUUAUCAUAAAUUUACCAACUUAUUCUAGUAUCUGACUGCCUAAGAAAGGAAACUCAAAAUUUCCCAUCAA